AUGGCAUUCUAUUGUAGGGUGUCAUUUACUGAUCCACAAGCACCAAAACAUCAUGGGUCUUCUGGUACUAGAGAUAACAAUGCUUGGAGCUGGCUCAAAAGGACAAAUUUUCAUUAUGAAGAUAUAGAUGAUGAGCAUGCGACUUCAGUUGCAGCUGCAGCAUUUGCAAUUCAUUCUCUAGAAGAAGAGGAAUCAGGCAAUCCGCAAAAGAUAAGAGAGGGUCCCAAAUCUUCAAGGACUCGAACUAUGAGAACAAAAGAGAACAUAUCUAGGAACCCAAGUUAUGGCGAAACUUCAAUGAAGAGGUCAUUUGGACAGGAUCCUAGGACAAAGGAAACAGCUCUUCCAGUUAGACGCUCAAGCAGUGUAUCCUCUCCAAAGCCUCCACCACCAGCUCAAGCAGUGUAUCAAAAGGAGAAAGGCAUUCCAAUACUACACAAAAAUGUCUCAACUGGACCACAAACUUGGCAAAAGACCAACAUAGAGAAGAUUCAACAGCGGUAUGAGAAGAUAAAGUCAAAAAUUCUUUCUUUAAAGUGUGUGAAAAAGAUUCAAACCAAAUUCCAGAUAGAAAGGAAGAAGAGAGAACUGAAGAAGAAAAGAGAAAUGCAAACGCUGAAUCAUCGGAAUAAGAUGGAAAGGAUAGGUAUGUUAUCACAAGGAUCAAGAGUUGAAGACAAAAGAAAAAAUGAAGAGUGGGAGGCCAGAGAAAACUCAAACAGAAUCAAGAAAACUGGCAAGGUCCCUGUAAAAUGUUCAUGUUUCAAUCCUAGAUAGAAUCAAACCUUAGAAUCAAGCCGUAUCUUCUCUCUAGCCUGGUUUCAUGAAAUCCAGUUAUAAGUUUACAACAUACGCAACUAUGGUUGAUUAUAUAUACAGAUGAGAUUACAUCAAUAUUUGAUGUUCAAACUGUUGUUAUUAUAUCACAACUA